CGUCGGCCGUCGGGGCUCGCGGUCCCGGUCGUGGAGCCGCUGGCUGCCUGGGACGCCCGGCGGGGCGGCCGGCGGCGCGGGUCCGGGUGCGGAUCGCCGUAUGAGACAGUUUAAGCAGAAGCAUCUCACAGCCAUCGACUGCCAACAUUUGGCCCAGAGUCAUUUGGCUGUGACCCAGCCCUUCGGCCAGAGAUGGACAAACAUAGAUCCGAACCAUGGUCUCUAUCCUAGACCCAGGACAAAGAGAGGGAGAAGGGGUCAAGGAUGUCAAAGAUACAACCCUGAGCUCUUCCUAGCUGGCCAGCAGCAGGGCACAAAUGACAUGGCCAAAAGUAAUUCUGCUGUCCAGGACGGCUGUCAGGACUGUGAGGGUGACAUGAUCUUCCCAGCAGAGAACAGCUAUGCCCUGCCCCAGGAAGAUGAUGGGGAGGCAAGUUUGGGCUCGGCAGGAUCAGCUCUGCCCACCAGGAAGCGGUCUCGGUCCUUUGAGGAAGAGAGUAAUCAGGCUACAGGGACCAGCCUGUGGGCUGGAGUUUCUAAGAGAACCCCACGGCAUCAUCUGUCCCUGUCAUACACAAGGCCUAGGGAGGCCAGGCAAGAAGCGGAGGACUGUGUGCCAUGGCUCUCUGCAGAAUCUGGAGAACCUGCCCGAGAAGUUGAGGACAUUGGUCCUGAUCCCAUUCCCGACGCGUGCUAUGGGCUUCUUGGGACCUUGCCCUGCCAGGAAGUGCCGAGCCACAUCUGUAGCCUGCCCACUGAGGUCCUAAGGCAUGUCUUUGCCUUCCUCCCCAUGGAGGACCUCUACUGGAACCUGAGCCUGGUGUGCCACCUGUGGAGGGAGAUAAUCAGUGACCCGCUGUUCAUUCCUUGGAAAAAACUCUAUCACCGAUACCUAAUGAAUGAAGAGCAAGCUGUCAGCAAGGUGGACGGCAUCCUGUUGAACUGCGGCAUCGAAAAGGAGUCAGACCUGUGUGUGCUGAACCUCAUACGAUAUACAGCCACCACUAAAUGCUCCCCCAGUGUAGACCCCAAGAGAGUGCUGUGGAGCCUGAGAGACCACCCCCUCCUUCCUGAGGCAGAGGCAUGCUUGCGUCAGCACUUGCCUGACCUCUGCGGAGCUGCUGGGGUUGUCAACGUCUGGGCCUUGGUGGCAGCCAUGGUGCUCCUCUCCAGCAGCGUGAACAGCAUCCAGCAGCUGCUGUUCUGCCUCAGGAGACCUGCCUCCACGGUGACCGUGCCGGAUGUCACUGAGACCCUGUACUGCAUAGCUGUGCUUCUCUACGCCAUGAGGGAGAAGGGGAUUAACAUCAGCAAUAGGAUUCACUACAACAUUUUCUAUUGCCUAUAUCUUCAGGAGAACUCCUGUACUCAGGCCACAAAGGUGAAAGAGGAGCCUUCUGUCUGGCCAGGCAAGAAAACCAUCCAACUUACACAUGAACAGCAGCUGAUUCUGAACCAUAAGAUGGAGCCUCUCCAGGUGGUGAAAAUUAUGGCAUUUGCAGGCACUGGGAAGACCUCCACCCUGGUCAAGUACGCUGAGAAGUGGUCUGAGAGCAGGUUCCUGUAUGUGACAUUCAACAAGAGCAUCGCAAAGCAGGCCGAGCUUGUCUUCCCCAGCAACGUCACCUGCAAAACCUUCCACUCCAUGGCCUACGGGCACGUCGGGCGCAAGUACCAGUUGAAGAAGAAGUUGAAUCUCUUCAAGUUAACACCCUUCAUGGUCAAUUCUGUCCUUGCUGAAGGGAAAGCUGGAUUCAUCAGGGCCAAGCUAGUGUGUAAGACUUUAGAAAACUUCUUUGCCUCAGCUGAUGAAGAGCUCACUAUCGAUCAUGUGCCCAUUUGGUGUAAGAACAGCCAAGGACAGAGAGUCAUGGUUGAACAGAGUGAGAAACUGAAUGGUGUCCUGGAAGCAAGCCGGCUCUGGGACAACAUGCGGAAACUGCGGGAGUGCACCGAAGAGGCCUACCAGAUGACUCAUGAUGGCUAUUUGAAGCUGUGGCAGCUGAGCAAGCCCUUGCUUGCCUCUUUUGAUGCCAUCUUUGUGGAUGAGGCCCAGGACUGUACCCCAGCCAUCAUGAAUAUAGUUCUGUCUCAGCCGUGUGGGAAAAUCUUUGUAGGGGACCCACACCAGCAGAUCUAUACCUUCCGUGGUGCAGUCAACGCUCUGUUCACAGUCCCCCACACGCACGUCUUCUAUCUCACACAGAGUUUUAGAUUUGGUGUGGAAAUAGCUUACGUGGGAGCUACUAUCUUGGACGUCUGCAAGAGAGUCAGGAAAAAGACUUUGGUCGGAGGAAACCAUCAAAGUGGCAUUAGAGGGGAUGCCAAGGGGCAGGUGGCCCUAUUGUCCCGGACCAACGCCAAUGUGUUUGACGAGGCUGUACGGGUGACAGAAGGAGAGGUUCCUUCGAGGGUGCAUUUGAUUGGGGGGAUUAAAUCAUUUGGAUUGGACAGAAUCAUUGAUAUUUGGAUCCUUCUUCAGCCAGAGGAAGAACGGAGGAAACAAAACCUCGUCAUUAAAGACAAAUUUAUCAGAAGAUGGGUGCACAAAGAAGGCUUUAGUGGCUUUAAGAGGUACGUGACUGCUGCUGAGGACAAAGAGCUGGAAGCCAAGAUUGCAGUAGUCGAAAAGUAUAAUGUCAGGAUUCCGGAGCUGGUGCAGAGGAUACAGAGAUGCCACGUAGAAGAUCUGGACUUCGCAGAGUACAUUCUGGGCACUGUGCACAAAGCCAAAGGCUUGGAGUUUGACACUGUGCAUGUUUUAGACGAUUUUGUGAAAGUGCCUUGUGCCAGGCAUAAUCUUCCCCAGCUUCCCCACUUCAGAGUUGAAUCGUUUUCUGAGGAUGAGUGGAAUUUACUGUAUGUGGCAGUAACUCGUGCCAAGAAGCGUCUCAUCAUGACCAAAUCGUUGGAAAACAUUUUGACUUUGGCUGGGGGUUAUGCAUCUGAAGUCUACAAGAAAGUUUGCCUACCUGGGACACCUGGCUCCUGAUGUUGGCUGGAAGUACCAGGCAGUGACAGCUACUCUGGAGGAGAAGAGGAAGGAAAAGGCCAAGAUCCAAAGAAAAAACAACUCACAAGCUAAAAAGAACGUGGAGAAGAAAAUUGACAAAUACACAGAGGUCCUCAAGACCCAUGGACUCCUGGUGUGAGCCCGAUGAAAACUUUAUUUCUCAUGCUUGGUUUGGCCUACCCUUCCUCCAUCACCUCCCUGGGAUGUGGGGGACCUAGGAACAGCUGUCCAGGCAGCUUGGGACUUAGGGAGUUGGGGACAAAGAAAGGACCUUAGGUACUUCUCCUGUUUAAGAAGUCCUUUCCGUAAAUUCAGUUUCAGUAUUUGCAAAAGUGAGCUGCAGCUCUCAGAAUGAGAGAAAAGGCUUGUGGGGAUGGUGUAAACCCAGUGUUGUACAAAGGGUAUUUAUACACACACAGGCUGGGAAGAUAUGCAACCAGGGGUUACAGGCACUGCACUCUCUCUUUCCCUGUAUUUUGUGAUCAAAAUAAAUUAUUUCUAAAGAAAAAAAAUAUUUUAGGCUUUCCAGGUCGUGUGAUCUCUGCAGCUACUCAACUCUGCCGUUGUAGCACAAGAGCAGCCAUGAGUGUAUGUUAACGAAUG